AUGGUGAAAUCUUACUUAAAAUUCGAGCACUCGAAGACAUUCGGGCUCGUUACAUCGGCAUCCUCAAAUGCGAUAUGGGCUCGGGACGACGAGCUAGCUGGUUCUACACGCCGGACAGGCUCUGGACGAGCUAUUGUGGGUGCAGGUGAAGAUGUGCUGUGCUGGGAUAUAAAAAAGGGGGAGUUGUUGGGUAGAUGGCAGGAUACCUCGUGCAGGGCUCAAGUUACGGUGAUCACCCAGAGCAAGACAGAUGAGGAUAUUUUUGCUGUUGGAUAUGAAGACGGCAGCAUCCGUGUCUGGGAUUCGCGAACCGCUACUGUUAUUAUCUCGUUCAAUGGCCACAAGUCCGCCAUUACCCAACUAGCCUUCGAUAGCGCCGGUGUCCGCCUUGCAAGUGGCUCGAGAGAUACGGACAUCAUCCUGUGGGACUUGGUGGCAGAAGUGGGCCUCUUCAAGCUGCGUGGACAUACUGAUCAAGUCACUUCGCUGCGUUUCCUUGUUCCAUCCAUGGAGAUGCUCAAUGCCGCGGGCCUGAGCGACCAUGCCGGGUUCUUGAUCACCACCGGCAAAGAUUCGCUGAUCAAGGUCUGGGAUUUGGCAUCGCAACACUGUAUCGAAACUCAUGUAGCCCAAUCCAACGGAGAGUGCUGGAGCUUGGGUCUGUCUCCCGAUCAGAGUGGUUGCAUCACCGCUGGAAACGAUGGGGAGUUGAAAGUCUGGUCGAUUGAUGAGAGCGCUAUGAUUGAGAUCUCGAAAGAGAAGGUCGGCGCCGAGGACCGCAAGAUUCUGACGAACCGGGGGACAUUUUAUCGGAAUGGAAAGGACCGCACUAUCGGGAUCAGCUUUCACCCACGAGCCGAUUAUGUUGCUUUCCAUGGGUCAGAGAAGGCGGUUGAGAUCUGGCGUAUCCGUUCUCAGACGGAGGUCCAGAAGAGUUUAGCAAGAAAGCGCAAGAGGAGAAAGGAGAAGGACGCUCAGCGCGGCGCCACCGAUCAGGAUGGAGCCGCUGUGGAAGCUGGUGAGGAUAAAACUGACGAUAUCUCUUCGGCACCGGUCACCGAAGUUUUUGUAUCCCACGUUAUUGUUCGAACCGGCGGAAAGGUCCGUUCUUUUGAUUGGAUUAGAACGAAGUCCAGCGGUAGCAUUCAGCUCGUUGCUGCAAUGACGAACAACCAGCUCGAAGCCUACAGCGUUGCUACGUCGCACAAGAAGAAUAAGGAUGAGGAAGAAUCCGACUACAACCGAACUCUAGCUGUCGACAUUCCAGGUCAUCGCACCGAUAUUCGAUCGGUUGCUCUAAGCUCGGAUGAUCGAAUGCUGGCUUCUGCCUCCAACGGUAGCCUCAAAGUCUGGAACGUUCGAACCCAGAGUUGCCUCCGUACGUUGGAAAGCGGUUAUGCGCUAUGCUCUGCCUUUCUUCCGGGUGAUAAGAUCGUUGUUGUUGGGAACAAAGAAGGAGAGCUCGAAAUCUUUGAUAUCGCGUCCUCAACUCUCCUCGACACAAUCAAAGCCCAUGAUGGGCCAGUGUGGUCAAUUCAUGUUCAUCCCGAUGGAAAGUCCAUCAUCAGCGGCAGUGCCGAUAAAUCCGCCAAGUUCUGGAACUUCCAGGUGGUCCAGGAAGACAUCCCUGGGACCAAGAGAUCAACCCCACGACUGAAACUGGUCCACACGAGGACUCUGAAGGUCUCAGAUGACAUCCUCAGCCUUCGUUUCUCGCCCGACGCUCGAUUGCUGGCCGUCGCUUUGCUAGACAACACGAUCAAGGUCUUCUUCGUCGACUCGCUAAAACUCUUCCUCAAUCUCUAUGGCCACAAGCUUCCGGUUCUAAACAUGGACAUCUCCUACGACAGCAAGAUGAUCGUCACCUGUUCCGCGGACAAGACUGUUCGUCUAUGGGGCUUGGACUUUGGUGAUUGUCACAAGGCGUUCUUGGCGCACGAGGACAGUAUCAUGGGAGUUGCUUUCGUUCCAACGAAUAAGGAAGGAAAUGGACAUAAUUUCUUCAGCGCGAGCAAAGAUCGUGUGGUUAAGUACUGGGAUGGAGAUAAAUUCGAGCAGAUUCAGAAACUGACAGGCCACCACGGUGAGAUCUGGGCUUUGACUAUCAGUCACGACGGCGAAUUCAUUGUCACUGCCAGUCAUGACAAGAGUAUCCGCACCUGGCAACAGACCGACGAACCGCUCUUCCUCGAAGAAGAGCGCGAGAAGGAGCUCGAGGAGAUGCAUGACAAUACUCUUAUGGAGUCCCUUGAAGAGGAGGAAAAUGAAAACAGUGAGAAAGCCGAGGCCGUUGAUGCAGGAAAACAAACCAGCGAGACUCUCAUGGCCGGAGAAAAGAUCAUGGAAGCAUUGGACCUGGGAAUGGAGGAUCUGGAAAUCGUGCGAGAAUGGCGCUCCAUCAGGGCAGCGCAACCGAAUGCAGCUCCCCCUACCCGAAACCCCUUGUACAUGGCACUGGGCAAUAUCUCCGCUGAACAGCAUGUUCUCAAAACGGUGCAGAAAAUCCCCGCCGCUACGCUCCAAGACGCUUUGCUAGUUUUGCCGUUUUCGAAAAUCCCCGCUCUGUUCACCUUCCUCGAUAUCUGGGCCAGUCGCGAAUGGAACAUCCCCCUUACCUGCCGCGUCCUUUUCUUUAUGCUGAAGACGCACCAUCGUCAAAUCGUCGCCAGCAAGACGAUGAGACCAAUGCUGGAUGGCAUCCGCUCGUCCCUACGACGAGUCCUAACACGUCAAAAGAACGAGAUGGGAUUCAAUCUAUCUGCACUACAAUUUGUCGGCAAUCAGAUUCGCGAGCACAGUACCAAGAGUUAUGUCGACGAGAACUGGGAAGAGCAGCAGCAGCAGACAACAGGCACUGGUAAGAAGCGGCAGUUUAUCAGCGUGGCUUGA